AUCACCGUCCGCAAACCACCACCCCCUUCACUCCUCUUCCUCCUCCUUCUCCUCUCUCUCUUCGUGUGUGAGUGAGUGUGUGUGGGGGAAGACGAAGCGGCAAACAGGAGGAAGCGCCAAGGACGUCCUUUUUUUGAGCCCCUGGAGCCGGAGAUGCAAGGGACGAGCAGUUAUUAGCCUGUGCUGCUGCUGCCUGCUGCAGGAUAACUUCAUUUCGGAAGGUGCUGCAGCUGAAGCUGGUUCUCUGUGACCCUUGUUUUGGUGUGUGAGUGUGUGAGGAGGAUUUCAUCCAGUCGCCGGACGGAGGUAAAUCGAUUCUUGAUGCCGCUACUUCAGUGCAACUGAGCGAUCUGUCAACGAAGGAUUCUACUUUUCCUCAACUAUUGAAUGUAACAUCGCUCGGAUAAGGAAGGCAGGGAAUAAAAAGCCAUCAUCAUGAAUUUCGUUAUGAAACAAGCUUUGGGAGGGGCCACCAAAGACAUGGGCAAGAUGCUUGGUGGAGAGGAGGAGAAGGAUCCUGAUGCUCAGAAAAAAGAGGAGGAGAGGCAAGAAGCUCUGAGGCAACAAGAAGAGGAGAGGAAGGCCAAAUAUGCAAAGAUGGAAGCGGAAAGAGAAAACAUCCGACAGGGCAUAAGGGAUAAGUAUGGCAUCAAGAAGAAGGAGGAAAAGGAAGCUGAGGCAGCAGCUGCUAUGGAGCAGGCCUCAGAGGGCAGCCUUACCCGCCCGAAAAAGGCUGUUCCCACCGGCUGUGGUGACGAGGAGGAAGAAGAGAGCAUCGUGGAUACGGUCAUGAAAUUUAUCCCGACACCUCUCAUGGAUAUGUUCAAUAAAAAGUAACAUUGUUUUGAAUGAAAUAUGGUUAACUUCUUACAUUGUACUUCUAAUUAACACUGUACCAGCCUGCCCCACCCAAACCUGCAGUCACACCUCUCUUCGCAAUCCAACCCAACUUCUAAGUGUCCUGAAAUUAAACUGAGUGCCAUGAUUUUGUGUUUAAGCUAAACCAUCUGAUCUCAGACAGUGAUUAAUACCUUUUAACUUCUUGAACAGAGUAUCUGCCCUGAUAAUCUGUACUCGUAUAACGUGAUUCCAUGUUGUCAAAAUAUCCAAAAUUCAGAAUAAGACCAGAUAUUACCAUCAUCCACCCUUUUAUUUGUAAAUAGCUUCAGUUAUAUAUAUAUAUAUACAUAUAUAUACAUAUAUAUAGAAGAAAAAAGUACUAUAUGACUGAAAUAUGACAUAGAAAUAUAACAAGAUGAAAAUGAGUAUAAGCCAUAUUUUUAACUUUUAAGAAAUUAUCCAAGUCAUAUCAAAAUUUGAUUAAAAUUUCCUUUUAUGUUUAUGAUGAUAUUUGAUACAUAUACUGUAUAUAAAUACUUGCAUUUCUAUUGGUUGACCGUUGUGAGGAUUCACGAAACUGCCCGUCUCAAUUUCAUUGAUUUACAGUGAAUGAGUUCUACAUUCAAGUCCUCUGUAAACCUGAAAGUAGAGGAGUUCAUUUAAAAUGUAUUUUUUUGGUUUACUUUUUGUUUUUUUUAAGCAUGCAGUUAAUGGCUGUGAAGUGAUGUGCUUAUAUGGAUAACAUUUUAUUUGUUAUGAUGAAGCAGAAUACAUUGAUAUGAGGCAAUAAUUGUUUCUCCAUUUUAUUUGACUGAGGUUUCAUCCAACAUGUACAGAAAGCGAUAAUUGACUUUGUGUCUAAAAUGUUCUUCCAUGGAGAAACCUGUCCACUUUCUCCAUACAAACAUACAUACAUACAUGUUGCCCUUAAAGCAGUAAAAUGAAAUUAUUUAUUCUAUAAAUCCACUGGCUAUACAUGUUUGCGGUUUUAAAAUUCAGUUACCGUCCUGUGGCAGGUGUUGCUGUUUUUGUAUUAGUACAUGUAAAGGUUGACCUGGCCAGUUAAUAUUGAACAUUUUCAUUUUUUUUUCAUCUAAAAGAAAAAAAAAGAAACUUCACAAACACAGCUUUGUUGUGUACACACUUUGUGAACAGACAGUGACAAUAGUGCAAUAUAUUGUUCAAAAUGAAGUUGUCCUGUGUCCGUUGGUUUUACUGAUGGGAGUGAAGUCCCAAAUCAGCAAUAACAGACAAUCUUCAUUGUUGUGUGUUAAGUUACUCCUUAAUGUGGUAGUUGAGGUUAAAGACACAGACGUGUCUACAUAGAUUACUGUAUAUGGAGACCUGUGCAGGUCAGACAUAUUAAAUUGACUGAAAAAAGAAGGAAGGUAGGAUAAUUUGUUUCAUGUCGUAAAAAUGUUUAUUCAUAUGAUGAGCAAAACCACAGUUUGUGUUUAAUACUGUAAAUUAAAGAGGCUAAUUAAACUGCAGGUUUUCAUAGACUGAUAUUAACAAAUCGUGCUAAGGAAUAGGGUGAAAUAGUCUUUUUAACAACCUUUCAUUCAAGUUCCAUGACCUUUCAAAACAUUUCUAUCUCCACAGGGUCUGGAUGGGUUAGCAGGUACAUAACUGCAAAGGCACACACUUAAAGAUAAGGUCAAAAUCAGAUUAAUCUCCAUAUGCCUUGUUUUUUAUUUCUCUUUCAUUCCAGUGUCUUGUUGAACAUUCCAGAUAUUUCAGACAUUCCACCAGACUUGAGCUGGUAUCACACUGACUUAAUUACAGAAGAUUACAAACCUCAAUCAAUAUCUUCUUGUCUCACAGUGAAAUACUUAAAUUUUUUAAGCUAUUAUAACAAACAAAAAUAAAUCAUAUGCUUAAUAUACAGUGAGACUGAAGACUAGAGUGGGUAUGUUGCAGAGCGUGAUUUUCCCUGCCAUACAGAAGUCCCACAUGAAGUACAAGAUCAUUAUUGUGUUGCUAACAGUGAUAAGUUAACGACUGUGAUACAUUAUGUUUGGAUAAAAAAUUUGUUAUUCAGUAGUUGCAAGGGAGGUUUUAAAAUCAACAAUUCUGCCACAUGUUACUGUUCUGAUUAGGCUAGCGAAACCUUAAAUAAUACUAAUUCUAAACCUGUGUAUUUUUGUGCCAUUGAUAAAAAAAAAGUUAGCUUUUCUCUGUGCUUUGUGAGCUCUGUAAUCAUGCUGAGUGUAUGAAAAAAGCACCAAAAGUCAGAAUGUGAUUAGGCCACAUGUAGAGCACAUUUAUUGAACUUCUUGUGAUAACAUAGCCUAUUUGUAAACUGCCUUGAACAGCUUCUGCUUCAACAAUGUGUUAGCAGAUAGUUAGCAAACGAUCAGUUAUGGCACCAUGCAUAACACCUCCAUUAUCAGAGCAAAUAGUAAAUUAAACCAAAGAAUAGUGCUUGUAGAAGUAGACAAACAUUAGUUUCCAUUCUCAAUAAUCUGCAUUUUAUAAUUUAUUUUCAAAUUCUCAGGUAUUAUAACUUUUUGUUUUUGAUAGUAGGGACUUAGCAUCAUCGCUAAAGAAUUAAGUUUUAUUGCUAGCUACCUAGCUAUAAUGAGCCUAGAGUUAUUUCUAAAUGCAUUAUCUUUUGUUUGGCCCAAGAAUAUUUCUAGACAGCUACAAGUACUGCCCCUGUAAAGGAUUCCAAGAAACAACACCUUAGCAAACAUCACUAGUGUGUUCAGACUAUCAACGAGUCUUUUACAAACUGAUGUGCUCUGAAAUCAGAACAUUUACCAACAAAUAUAAGCUCAUUCAACAACAUUAUGUAAAUGCCAGCUGAUUGUGCUCCUAAUGGCUUUUAGACCACUGCCCAAACAAACUGCCCAAGUCAUGCGUGAUCAAUAUUUUGUAGUCCUGUAAACGCUGUGUCAGAAACCCAUUAGAGUCUGAAGUCGCUCAUUUGUGCCAUUCAUAGAGCCAUUAAUAAGAUUUUAAAAACUGCCUGAGAAAUGUGGCUUGUAGAAAAAUAAUCCUUUUCUGUGACUUGAAUGUAACUGUCUGACGUUUAUCUCCUCUUGCAUCUGUCUUUGUUCUGUAUGUGUUGAGAAGAUACUUACUCUGGUGCACUAUUUUUUCCUUCUUGUCUGUAGUUGGUCCUGUUUCUGUCCUUUGGUGGUUGAUAUUUUGAGGGAAAAAAAAUUAAACAUGUUCAUUUGGUGCAUUAUUUUGUACUGCAAAAUCUCACCCUUCUCCCUCCCCCCUCUCUCUCUAAAUCUCCGUAACUGUUGACAAAAAUGUAUGCAUGCUUAUGGUGUGCGAUGUAGGCAAGGUUGUUGAUAUAAUCGUUUUGUGUCCUCUCUGUGUUUCAAAGCUCCACCUGUUAGCCUCACUGCAUGCCAUUUUAGACAAAUAUUUCAGUCUGUAACUUUCCUGCAAAAAUGGAAUCACCGCACACUGAGAAUAAAGUGAUUUCCUAUAA